ACAAAAUCCUAGGAUCAACCGGGAGCGACAAAGUUGCGUCUUCUCCACUUGUAGCAGAUAUCAGCAAUAUUGUCAGUCGGGAGUGGUCAACAAAUUCACUCAUUCGGCACGGGCAAGAGUUUAAUUGAAUUAACAUGGAUAGAACAGUCAGCCUUCCAGGUCAACCGGACAAGAGGACAGUGGUAACGCUGGUGGAGUCAAGUAGCAAACCGAGUGGGCUGGAACUGGUCAGCUCCUACCAGACGAACAGGAUCGGUGAUCCCAUGGAUUUAGUGUCCCUGGCAAUGCAAGUACAAAAGUCAGACGAAUUCGUACGAGCCAAUGCCUGUAACAAGUUGACCGUCAUUGCAGACCAAAUCCGGUACCUACAGGAGCAAGCUCGUAAGGUUUUAGAGGAUGCCAAGAAACAUGCUGAUCUCCACCAUGCUGCCUGUAAUGUGGUGAAGAAACCUGGGAGCAUGUACUACCUUUACCUGCGUGAAUCUGGACAGCGUUACUUCUCCAUAGUAUCUCCUCAGGAGUGGGGAUCCAGUUGUCCACAUAAGUUCCUUGGCGCCUACAAACUAGGGUAUGAUAUGUCCUGGACUCCAAUAGAUGAUGUGGAAAAGAAGGAUGCAGAGACGGCCAUCUUUGAUAAACUACUGAACCAACAGGCUGCACUACCUCCCUGCACAGAGCCCAACUUUGAAGGCAUUUCCAAAUGAGUUUUGAAGACUUUAUGCCCCCAAUAGUCUUAAAACAAUGGACCUAAAAGUGAUGGUUGUAUGUUGAAUAACAGACAUAACCUCUGCUUUAACUUGUGGCUUGCAGAAAUGGGAUUUUGCAUUCUCACCAUGAAACCUGACAGAUUUCGCUUGACUUGACGCUUUCAGCAAGAACACAUUUCACUUGAACAGUACAAUCACUUUCAGUUUCAGACAAAAUGCAUAUUACAGAGGUUAAAAGUAAAGCAUUACUUAAUGCAAAAAGUACCAUAACAAUCUUAUCAACUUGUAUUUUAUAGACACAGUGUUUCUUGUUGAUACUGUUUUAAUGCUGUUUUAUUAUUUUAAGGCACAUACAAAAGUGUAAUCUAUGUUCCUAGGCAUUCUAUAAUUCUAUCUCAUCUUGCCUGAACCAUGAAUGAGUAAACAAAUGUUUAUAUACACAUAACUAGAGAAAUUUACUCUUCUCUGUGCCCAAAGUGUUUGUCAUGCAUAUGGUUUUUUACUACAUGAAAGGUAGACCAUGUAGCCUGGUUAACCACAGACCAAAUUAUUUUUUAUUUAUUUCCAUGGGGCUCUCAGUAAAUUGGAUCAUUAAACUCUUACUGAAUUCUGUCUGAAGUAAAACCUCUUUCUUGUCAAUGAAGGCUUUACGUGCAUUCU